AUGUGUGCGUUGUCUUCGAGGAAGUCGCUUCCGUCUGCUGGAUCGAAGGCUUGUCCUCACCGCGGACAUCCGCCGCGUUUUUCGUCCGAUUCCGCCCGUCAGCUACUUGGAACGCAUUCCGGAGAAAAACGCGAAUCUGAUGCGCCACCAGCUGUACAUACACCCGAGAGUUCUGCGUGGUCAGCCCCGGCGUUUGGCCGCUGCGUUCUCUGCGAAUCUGCGACAGUUUCUCCGCUCUCGCGGCUCGUUCGUCUCGGCGAGUCGCGCAGAACCGCUUGCCCAUCCCCUCCCGUCUCCCGCGCCCCGCCACCCAAAAAGCCAGCCGGCCUCGCACGUGGAAACUUGGACGCCUUUCGCGUCUUCCCGACUCCGACCGACUCGCCCGCUCCCGUUCGCGAGCGCCUCGCGACUUCCACCAGUCCAGAAUCCCCAUCCAUUCCGGCAGGCUCUUCUGCGCCGCCGCCCACCGCCUGCCGUGGUGGCUCUGGGUGUCGCCUUCCCGCGCUCGCGGGACCUCUUCCGGACGGGCGUUCAGCGCGAAUCUCCCCUUUUCUCGGCCUUCCCCGAAGCAUGGGAAACGCACAGGGCCUCGGCGACAGUCCGACGCUCCGGGCCGUGCAUGCAGAGCCUGUUCUCGCGGCCAGGCGCCCUGCUGCCGGUCCGGAGUCUUCAGGAGGAGGCCAGCCGCGCUCGAGUGUGAUCGCUUCUGCACUCGCCGCGUUCGGGAACUUCCCGCGACAAAGAGAAACGCAUGCAGACCGACAGCGGACGCCCGCCCAACAUGCAGGGUCCACCAUGUACAGACGGUUGGAGCGCGAACGAGUCCAGCUUCUUCGUGACGCCUUCGACGGACUGAUCUUCCUCGCCCCCCAAGAGUACAGACAGCUCCCGUGCUCCUCUGAGGAAGACAGCCGACCUACGUCUUCUUCGUCUUCUGCUUCCUCUUCUCCACCGUCUUCUUGCGCGUCAGCCUUCUCCUCCUCGGAGGGUAUGUCUUCUGCUCGGCAGCGAGUGCUCGCCGUCCUUCCUCCCCAUCUGACAGACUACUCGAUGAUGGACACCGACCACGACGGCUUCGUCUGGUACAUUGCUCUCGAAGGCGCCGCGGGGACCUUGUACGAGAAAGAAGUUUUUCUUGUCCGCUUCCGGUUCUCUCCAAAGUACCCCAUUGAGGCCCCCGAAGUGACGUUUGUGCCUCCGUUUCUGCCCGUUCAUCCUCACGUCUACUCGAACGGCCAUAUUUGCCUCUCGAUCUUGUACGACUCCUGGUCGCCGGCGCUCGGCGUCAGUAGCUGCGGGAUGUCUCUCCUCUCGAUGGUCUCGAGUUGCCGCCAAAAGCAGAAACCUGCGGACGACGAUGCGUACUGCAAAGUCUGGGGAUCGAAGAGUCCGAAAAACGUAAAAUGGGUAUUCCACGACGACCGGAUCUAGCGGCCGAGCGAGCGAGCCGAACGAUGGAGGCGGGGGAGAACGCUGAGGGAGCGGACGCGAGACCGGCAAGAAUGCGGCCGAGAGCCGCAGGGUGAAAGAGAGGCAAGAGGUGGAGGAAACGCGGAGCGAGCGCAGCUGCGCAAGCGCCGAGGCAAGACCGUCGCGCAGUGCAGUCGAAACAGGUGCAGAGGUCCGCGAACAGGAAGCAGAUGGAGUGGAGAGACACCCGCGACGCCGAGGGGAGCGUUUAGGUGAAAGACUGUGAGGGCGCCUGUAAUCUGGCAGGAGUUCCUCAUGUCGCUCUUAUUUCUGCGCUUGCAGGUGUGCUUCGUCCUGCGCGCCUCGAACCGCUCUUGUUCUCAUGCGCCGACGAACAGUGCCGUCUGUUUCUCGACGCCGUUGGAAAGGGCAACUAGUUCUUCUUCAGCGAAGAGAAGCUUUGCUCGCUCUGGCGG